AUGGUGUUUUAUCCUCCCCCAUGGGUUCCCAAGUUGCCUUUCGAUUCAGUAACUAUCGGCGAGUUCAUGAGAAAUGAAAUCUAUGGCCGCUAUCCUGUUGCAAAGAGCCGGAACCCCUUCACCUGCGGCCUUACAGGCAAAACAUUCACCCUAGCCCAGUCUUGGGAGAGAUCCGAUCUCGUAGCCAAAGCAUUGUCUAAGAUUAUGGGAUGGGAGCCCAAUGCCGACUCGCCCUGGGAUAAGGUCAUUGCCAUCUUCUCAUUCAACACAAUCGAUUACAUUGGUGUGACCCAUGCCAUCCAUCGCCUGAACGGUAUUUGCACACCAGCCAAUGUCGCAUAUUCAGAUGAGGAGCUGGCAUACCAGCUUAGGUCCUCUGGGGCAAAGGCUAUCUUUACGUGCAGCCCUGUUCUCGAGACUGCGCUGAAGGCUGCUAAGGCUGUGGGCAUUCCCCAGGACAAAAUUUUCUUGAUGGAGCUGCCCAAUCAGUCACAUACAAAGAAGCCCGGCUUCAAGACCCUUGAAGACUUAAUUGAGCUAGGUCGCACUGUGCCUGAUCUCGAGCCGCUGCGUUGGAUUAAGGGGCAAGGUGCCCGGCAGGUGGCGUAUCUCUGCUACUCGAGUGGUACCUCGGGUCUGCCGAAAGCCGUUAUGAUCUCUCACUGCAAUGUCAUUGCCAAUACAAUGCAGCUCCGCAUCUUUGAGGACGUGGGCCGCAAAAAGUUUGGAGUCGAGACCCAAGUGACACUCGGACUGCUGCCCUUGAGCCAUAUCUAUGGGCUGACUGUUGUUGGUCAUGUUGCCAUCUGGCGCGGUGAUGAAGUCAUUGUGUUGCCAAAGUUCGACCUCAAUGAGUACCUUCAAACUAUCGAGCGAUUCAAAAUCAACUAUCUCCCUGUGGUUCCUCCCAUCGUUAUCCGAAUGUUGAGCAACCAAGACCUCCUUAAGAAAUAUGAUUUGAGCAGUGUCAGGUUGUUGUUUACGGGAGCUGCACCUCUUGGAAAGGAAACCGCUGAAGACCUGCUCCGCGUGUUUCCCAACUGGCAUGUUGGCCAGGGAUAUGGUCUGACUGAGUCCGCGCCUGUGGUUUGCUCAUCGAGCGAGCAUGAUAUCGUUCAGGGAACGUCCGGCUCUCUUCUGCCUGGCAUAAGGGUCAAAGUGAUUGAUUUCGAUGGCAAAGAAAUCACAGAGUAUGGCAAGCCAGGCGAACUGCUGGUGCAGUCACCGUCUGUUACACUUGGAUACCUUAACAAUGAAAAGGCAACCGCUGAAACCUUCAUUUGGGACGAGGAUGGAAGAUGGCUGCGGACGGGUGAUGAGGUCAUUGUCACCAAGUCUCCACAGGGAUAUGAACAUAUCACAAUCGUAGACCGCCUCAAAGAGCUCAUCAAGGUCAAGGGUCACCAAGUUGCCCCCGCUGAACUGGAGGCUCACUUACUCACACACCCUUACGUUGAUGAUUGCGCUGUUAUCGCCAUUCCAGAUGAGCGUGAUGGUGAGGUGCCUAAGGCAUUUGUUGUUACUCCCCCAUCACUUGCAGCACAGAAGAGGGAGGAGGAGAUUGCGUCCGAGAUUGUGCGGCACGUCCAGAAGCACAAAGCACACUACAAGUGGCUCAAGGGUGGUGUUGAGUUUUUAGACGUCAUUCCAAAGAGCCCCAGCGGCAAGAUCCUGCGCCGGUUGUUGCGUGAUCGGGAGAAGGAGGCUCGGCGGGCUAAGGGGGCUAAGCUGUAG